AGAUAGAUAGAUAUGUUAAAAGAAUAAACUUUCCAUCAUCUUCAGUUCAAAUUUAAUAUAAUUUUGAUUUUCUCUUUCGCGAGAUUUUUGUUUGUUUUCUGUUGUUUGUUGGAUCUGUUGAUUUUCUCCGUGCAGAAUGUUGUAUCGUGGACUGUAUUUUUGCACGGAGGAGAAGAUCAGAGAUGACGGCAACAGUUUUCUGUUUUGCUGAAUUAGGGUUUUUGGCUGCUGAGAUGGGUUGCGGUGGUUCCAAGGUCGACGAUUUGGCACUUGUGGUUCGUUGCAAACAGAGAAAGGAAUUAAUUAUGGCGGCAGCCGGCCAUCGCUAUGCUCUCGCCGCAGCUCACGUCUCUUAUUUCAAGUCACUUGAAAGAGUAGGAGAUGCCCUCAGGAAAUUUGUACAAGAAGAGCUCGUGAUUGUUUCUCCUCCACCUUCCCCCGGCCCGGUGCUCACAUUGCCUUCUGAUGAACUAAAGCCCAAGAAAAGACACGUAAAUGACAAUUCAUCACCAUCUUCCGGUUCUGAUUCGAACUCACAAAUUCACUCACUAGGUGAUCGUGAUCAUGAUCAUGAUCACGAUCAUGAUCAUCAUGGUUCGCACUUGCAUCUGUCUGACUCUGAUUCGGAAUUGAGUUCUCCAUCAGUCCAUGUUCAACAUCACAAUCAUCCACAUGAAGAAACGAUGCCUCCAUUCUCUGGGGCAUUUCCACAAACAAAUUGGGGGCCAUACGGAAUUAAUUUUCCUAACCUAAAUCCGGCACCUUCAUGGGAAUCAUCUGGGAUGAAUCCUUAUCCACCAUUACAGCCAGGAUGGGAUCCGUAUAACAACAAUUAUGGGAAUGGGAUGAGUUCGACUAAUUAUCAUACAUAUUACAUGAAGAAAUCUGCACCUGCUGUUCAGACUGUAAUACAUGAUCCUAACAAUUCUCAUGAAUCUGUGCAGUUACCUGAAUCCUCACACAACAUGUACCCAAGUUAUCCAUACCAAAAUGGUGGCGACUUCUUCAGAUUCCCAACAGGGGCACCGUAUCCUAGUUCUUACAGGAAUAAGCCGCCAAGUCCCCUGCCUGAGCCACCGCCACCUCCUUCUCCUAACGUCUCUUCUUGGGACUUCUUGAACCCAUUUGAUACGUUUGAUCAUGGUUACGCCGGAUACUAUUCUCAAAAUAAUAUAUAUGAGAAUGGCUCAAUUGUUAGUAGUCCUGAGAUCAAUGAGGUUAGAGAAAGGGAAGGAAUCCCUGAUUUGGAAGAUGAAACAGAUCCAGAGGUAAUAAAGGAGGUCGUCCACAAGAAGGGGAAGAAAGUGUAUGAAGGUGUGAGGAAAAGAUCAGGCGUGGGUACAACAUCUAGAUCAGUACAAUCUAGAAAAAAGAGUAGCGAGAGCAGUUCGAGUUCAAUGCCAUUUCAUAAACAAAGUAGCCAUGGUUUUCCUUCGCAAUCAUCGAGUGAGGGCAUCUCAGUUGAACCAUCUUCACUACACAGUGAGUCUGCUCACUCUGUCAAUUUGAAGGAGGAAAAAAGCAGCCCAGAAACCAUUUUGUCCAAGAGCUCAGAGGAUAUUUCCACAAAGAAAAGAGAGGUGACAUUUGAUGAUGGAAUUCAAGAUAGUUCUUCUACCUUCACCGCUCAUAUAUACAGAGCGCAUGGCACAAGAGACCUUAAUGAUGUUGUUCAGGAAAUUGAGAAUGAAUUUAAAACUGCUUCUGCAGUCGGGAAGGAGGUAGCUUCAAUGUUGGAAGUGGGCAAGUUGUCCUAUCAACCAAGGGUCUCUUUAUUGAAAGUGAUCUUAUCUAGAGUCAACUAUGUGAUAGCGCCCACGAUUUCAUAUUCAACAGACCCUCCAUCCAGGCGAUCAGUCUCGACAAGAAGACUGGCAGAAUCUUACUUGACGGAUUCUGAGAACACUAAGACAAUAAACCUCUCUUCUACUUUGGAUAAGCUUUAUGCAUGGGAGAAGAAACUCUACAAAGAAGUUAAGGAUGAAGAGAGACUGCGGCUGAUUUAUGAGAAGCGAUGCAGAAGAUUGAAAUCAUUAGAUGACGAAGGAGCUGAAAGCAGCAAGAUUGAAGCUACACAAGCUUCAAUUAAGAAGUUGUUGAUGAAAAUUGAUGUUUGCAUCAAAGCUGUUAAUGCUAUAUCAACAAGGAUACAUAAACUGAGAGAUGAAGAGUUGCAGCCUCAGGUCACUGAAUUAGUUCAUGGUUUGACAAGAAUGUGGAGAGGUAUGGUUAAGUGUCACCAGAAGCAGUUCCAAGCAAUAAUGGACAGUAAAAUGAAAAAAUUGAGAUCAAACGCAGUGAGAAGAGAUUCGAGCUUGAAAGCCACCAUGGAACUGGAGGUGGAGCUACGGACAUGGUGCAAUCACUUUUGUGAUUGGAUGCACAAUCAAAGAUCCUUUAUCGUAUCUCUAAAUGCAUGGCUAUUGAGGUGCUUGGAUUAUGAGCCAGAAGAAUCAUCCGAUGGAAUAGUCCCCUUCUCUCCUGGACGGAUUGGUGCCCCUCCCAUUUUUGUUGUUUGCAAUGAUUGGUUCCAAGCAAUGGAAACAAUUUCUGAGAAAGGAGUAACAGAGGCAGUAGACAAGUUCGGUUCAAUUUUGGGACAGCUAUGGGCGAUGGAUGAGGAUCGUGACAAAAAGAGAGAAGAAAGUUUGAAGGAGUUGGAGAGACGACUGCAGUCUGUUCGAUUGAACAAGAAGGCGAAAUCAGAGGUACCUUCCGAAAGUGGGAUCUUACCCUUGGACGAUCUGAAGGUGGAUUUGGAUUCAAUGAGAAAGAAAUUGCAAGAGGAUUCGAUUAGUUUACAGGCCAAUUUGGUUCCAAUUUUUGAGUGUUUGGGUAACUUCGCAUCAGAAGCUCUUAAAGCUUAUGAGAAUGUGAGGACACCCAAUGCUAAAUAGAAAGGUAAUAACUUUGCAUGAUAGUUGUAGCUUAUAAUGAGGUGUAGUGAUGUUAGUUACAUAAGCUUAUAGUGUACACAAAGGUUUACAGAUUACAUAAAAGUAAAAUUUUGAAUAAAAUUUUAGUCUUUUAAGA